AUGGAUCCUCUGUCCGUCACGGCAAGCGUCAUUGCCAUCGGCCAGGCUGUCGCCGCAAUCGCCGUGGGAGUGCGUGUGCUGAAAUCCCUCAGCAAUACGCCAACCGAGUUCUCGGCACUCCUGAACGAUCUAGGAAUGCUCCAAGCCGUACUAGAAACACUUCAAACAUCAACCUCUCGGCCCCCAACCCGCAGUUUAACCGCUCUUCAAACUCUCUACGAGGGGCUCCGUCGAGCCACGACAGAGCUGGACGAAUUGGCGAAGCGCUUGUUAGCGCAAAGCAAGGGCCUCGAUAAAAAGGGACGGCAUCGCAUACCCCGUAUCAAGUGGUGGCGCGAGAAAGACAACAUCGCCAAACUCCAUGAGUUGGUUCAGCGGUUGUACCUUGAGCUUUCAACCUGCUUCGCGGCUGUCAGUGCCUCCCAGGGGACGCAACAAACGGUUCUGGUGUCUGAUGUGAAAAGCAUUAUUGAAGCAUCGAACACCUGCCUGGUCGACAUUCUUCACAAUCUAGAGCGAGCUCAAUUUCCCAGUGUUGACUUGAAUCAUAUUUUGAGUCAUGCUUGCGAGGUCCUGACACGGAAUGAGAAGUCCCUCCAGGAUAUAGGGCCGCAGCUGGGGCACAUAAUGCAGCAAUCUGGUGAGAGUGUUGAGCUGCUUCAGCGCCAUGCUACGGUAUUGGGUGAUAUUCGAGCCUCGCUUAGUCUAAUAACCAGGUCUGCUGCUGACUGGGCACGAGAGUAUCUACAUACUACACACGAGUUCGAUGUAGGAGUCCGUCAAAUCCUCCAGCAACUGGCCGAAUCAGAUGGCGAUGAGCCGAGGUCAGCCAGCAUCAUACAUGAUGCUAUUUUAGGCAACAGCAAAAUUCCUCUGGAAGAGUGUAUCCUGGCGCAACCAUGUCAUAUUAACACCCUAGAUGACCUGGGCAACACGCCGCUACACUGGGCCGUGAUGAUGGGAGACUUGCAGGCGGUGCAUACUCUAGCGAACCUUGGUGCCGACGUGAACCAUCCCACUCGGCACAAUGGAGAAACGCCACUCCACCUAGCCUGCCACUGGGGGUCCGAGGAAAUAGCCAUGGAACUUAUAGCCCGCGGCGCUUCUAUUCAUCUCCAGGACUUCACAGGUCGCACCCCAUUGCAUGUGUGCUACAACCACUUAAAUCUUACCAAGCUGCUCCUGAGUCUCGGAGCCGACCCGAAUGCACAAAUAAAGUUCCAAUGGACGCCUCUGUAUUGCCUACUCGGCGACGAUUACAUGCUUCAUCAACAAAGAACCAGAGAGAUUGUGAAAGCAUAUGCCGAAGCGGGGGCUAACCUUGAUGCAGCCUAUCAAGGAUGGACUCCUCUGCACAUCGCUGCUCAAGAGAACGCCUCUCUGGUGCCGCUCUUUCUAGAACUGGGCGCCAAACCGAACGUAGCCACGGAUGACGAAGAGACCCUGCUCCACUUACUAGCUACAAUGCCAACGGGCUUUAAACAAAUCGGUGAUAUACCGCCUUAUCUCCUACGGGGUCUCAACCCCGACCUCUUGGACAGUAGAGGUCUGACACCCUUCGACCGGCUAGAAUGCAGAGUCACGGAAGAGCGUAACUUCGCUGGUAGAGACUCCCUGAUUCUCGGGGAUGUCGUCCUCUUCGUUGAAUUGAUCCUCGAACUCAGGGAAUUAAACUGGGAAGCGGGACUCUUCCUCGAGUGUAAAGAAGAGUUCGAAGCGGACGGCAGCCACAACAGGAUGAGAAGAUGGGUUCGCAAACAAAGGAAAUUGUUUGACCGCGACGAGGACGCCCGGACCCUCGUGUGUGGUUCGCUACAGCCCUACUGGGCUGAGGACACAGAGAGCACGAGUACGGACUUGGGGGAAGAAUGGGAGACGGAGGACGACGAAUUCCCUAGCAUGUUUGAUUCAGCUGAUGAUAGUGACGAGGACGACGAGAACGACAAUGAUCAGGAUGGCGGCCGCAUGAGUGAAGAGGCCGAAGACGAGGAGUUCUUUGAUGCAAUCCAGGGAUAA